AGCCACUUCUCGUCAGACUGGUGCUCCAUACCCUUCCCCAGCUCCAUUGCCUUUUUCUGGACUUGUUCCAGCACCUCAGUGUCCCACUGUUAUUAAGAGGAGUCUUGUAUUUUGCAAGAAGAGUUUUGUAUUGUAAGGAGUCUUGUAUUUUUUGUCUCAUCUGAGUGGAAAAUCCACAGUGGAGACACUGACUUUCCCAAGGCCACAGAGUGUGGUAAAGCAUGGUGUAAUGCCUGUUUCCUAAGGGCUUACAGACUUCCCUCUCAAUAGCACAGCUGAUUUCCACACAGGAAUACAUUUCAGAAUAAAACAGGAGCUGAAGCUGCAGAUUUUGGGACUGCAAAGGUUGCAAACCCAUCAGCAAGUGCUCCCAGAGCACGUCCCCUGUUUCAAGGGAGCAGCCAAAAACAUCCCCCAGGGAUGGUGGAGUCGGGACCCACUGGUUGAAUAAAACAUCAAACAAAACCAGCAAGUUGCAGGUUUGGAGGUGUUAAAUAUGCCACGGUGCUUUUGACGAGAUACCCACAGGAAUCCAAAACCAGACCUGAGCUGCUGCUUGCUGCUGCUCCUUAAAACACCACCUGCCCUUUCAGCAGCUGGAGAUCAUCUCCACCCAUCCCAUGUUGCCCAAAUGAUAAACAUCAAGUGCAAAAGGUUUCUGGAGCACUUCCAAAGUAUAUACACUGUAUAAAUUUAUUAAUUACACCCCAUUUACACUGAACUUUUCUCCUGCCUUUAGCCCUCUCCAUCCAUCACUUCCCUGGUGACUUGCUGACAAGGCACCCAGCAUGUCAGAGCACAGAAAGCAGGCAGCUGGUGCUCCUGCCCUCCCUGCUUGCAAUAUCCUGACUCCAUGUGGGCCCACAAGUCUCCAAUAAAACAGGAAUCUGUGAAAAAACAAGAGCAGCACAUCCUCAGCCAGCUUCCCAGCUCCCUCCAGCUACUCCUCCACACUACAGACCGGGAAUCCCCAAGCUCAGCACUGCCCUGCCUUAUGUCCCAGCUGUGUCUUGCCUGCAGUAUGAUUUCUAGCCAGGUGCUGGUUUCUUUAAUACAGUCAGUGACUUUAAAACAUGUCAAAAGUGUUUUAAACACUUCAAAAGUGUUUUAAACCUUCUUCCAGAGGUUUCUGCAGAUGUCACCACAGGCUGAGCAGCGUGAAAAGAGAAGGCUCCUACAUUUGUUCUGCCACGCUCCUUCUGUGAAAAACUAGGAAGGCAUUUAGGCACGAACUCUUUUGGCAAUUUAGAUUCAACAGCUCUAUCCCAGGAAUGGCCACUAUGCUUUGCAUCCUUUCAGGAAAGUUCAUGGCUGAACUGGACCCCACCCUGCUAAAAUGUGAGGUGAUCCUGGAGAGAAGGAGUUUGCUGCCAGUGUCCCUCCAAAGGGAGAGGGACUGGAGAGCAGAGCAGUGUGAGAUGCUAUUCACCCAGACAUUUGCUGCAACACCCACUCCAAACACUCCUGAGUAAGCCACUGUUCUCACCAGCAAAGGUUUUUCACCCUGGUGUUCUGGGCCACUCUCACCAUUUGAGGUCUUUGGGGCCACACACCUGACAGUUACUUUCAGAUUGCUUUUCAACAACUUUGCAGAAAUCAUCUACUAAAAUCAUCUGAGUGCUUCUGAUUGUAUUUUAUUCCCAAAAGCAGGACGCAAACAGAAUGUCCUCCUGGGGUCCACCGUGUUCAGCUUUAACCUUCCUUCCCAUCUCCACAGGGUGUGAUGAGAGCCGAGCAGCUGGAAACACCUUGCUCACUUCACUGUCCAUUACAGCUGACAAGCCCCGAUGAACUUGAAACGAGCCUCCUUGAUGUGACACCUCCCCUUCUCUCCUCCCCUGCCUGUGGCAAUAAAUUCAAGCACGUACUCUUUCCGCUCCCCCAGGCAGCUGUGGGUCCCUUGGCACAGAUGAGGAUGGAUAAGAGGGCUCGGAGCUCUUCCAGGGAGUCUCAUAGAAGACGUAGAGAGUCUCCGGGUACGCAGAGCAAACGAGAGAAGAGGGAGAGCAGCAGAGAAAGCAGCAAAGGAAGGGGAGACAUAAAGCAGGAGAAAGCAAAGGAGACCAAGAGCACUGUGGGGACUGAUGGCAGGGUGCACACCUCCACGGUGGUGGAUGUGGAUGAGGUGGUGUCUGAGGAAGAAAUGGAGGCGAUGGCAUUGCUGGACAGCGAGCAGCAAGAGGAAGGUGUAAAGUCUCCAGGUCUGGGCAUCUGUGAGUGGCUUCUGACCAUCCUGUCUUUCCUGUUCAUCAUAAUGACCUUCCCCAUUUCUGUCUGGUUCUGCAUGAAGGUAGUGCGUGAGUAUGAGAGAGCCAUUGUUUUCAGACUUGGGCAUCUCCUUCCUGGCAGAGCCAAAGGACCUGGCCUUUUCUUUUUCCUUCCCUGUCUGGACACAUAUCACAAGAUAGACCUCCGCCUCAAAACCCUAGAGAUCCCCUUCCAUCAGGUGGUGACCAAAGACAUGGUUACUUUGGAGAUAGAUGCUGUCUGCUAUUACCGGUUGGAGAAUGCCUCUCUUCUCCUCACCACCCUGACCAGCAUCUCCAGUGCCAUCCAGCUGCUGGUGCAGACCACCACGAAGCGCCUCCUGGCACAUCAAGCCUUCUCUGAGCUUCUGCUGGAGAGGAAAAACAUUAGCCAGGAGAUCAAGGUGGCUUUGGAUGCAGUCACGGGCUGCUGGGGGAUCAAAGUGGAGAGAGUAGAAAUCAACAACAUACAGCUGCCUGCUGAGCUCCGGCAGUCCCUGGCCGUGGAAGCAGAGGCCCAGAGACAAGCCAAAGUGCGGGUGAUCGCUGCAGAGGGGGAAAAGGCAGCUUCCGAGUCCCUGCGGAUGGCAGCUGAGAUCCUGUCCAGUGCCCCUGCUGCUGCUCAGCUCCGUUACCUCCACGCACUGCACUCCCUCACUGCAGAGAAACCCGCUGCUUUCAUCUUGCCCUUCCCUCUGGAUGCCAUGAACCUGGUCUCUCCGGCUGCCCACAGCCCUGCGGCCAUGAGCAGCCUCCUCCCAGACACCACAAAGCUCCCAGAAAGCCUGAAAGACAAGAAGGACUCCCCCAUGCUCUGAGAGCUGUCCCAGAAAUGGCUCCCACACUGCUCCUGGUCAAUCCUGCUCAAAGAGGAGCAAGAGGGCUGGCUUAUUGGCAGCCCACAUCAUGUCCUGGUCUGGAGGCAGGAGGGGAGGCAGCCCAGGCCUGCAAUAUAAAGUGGAUUGUAUGUGGAAAAA